GCGCCCUAGGUCUUCAGAGUGUUGUUGCGGUGCGGGGCCCAGGUCAUACAUCCUUAUAGUAGGGCCUCCAUCGCUUCCGCUUUCAGGAGCCGGACCUUUUGUCCCCAAGGUGCUGCCGGUCUGUCGAAGAGCUCCCGGGCGUACUUCCGGAGGCAAGACCACGCUGCUCUGAUCGGUUGGGUGAUCUCGUGCGUGAGCUCAGCAUCUUCUCUGAUCCGGCUACCUAGGUACCGGAACUCCGCUGUCUGGGCGUACUUCUGUCCCGCUGCUUCCAUCACCAGCGGUACCGUAGGUGGUGGCAGUGGCGGUGGCGCCCCCUUCUUCGGUUUCUUCUCCGGCACCUUCAUCAGGAGAGUCUGUUUUUUUCUCCGACACUGCCGGCGCUCGUGUCCUGCAGCCACUCCCUUUACAAAAUCCGUAGUCAUCACCAGGCCCUCUUCCUUUGUUCUCGAGGCAACACCCAGCUAGGGAGAAAGUCGCGGGCAAAUCGCGGGUCUGACGAAGAAGGGGGACAGAGAGCCAGCGCGAACACGAUACCGCCUCGGUGUAUUGCGAAACACAGCACAACACCGCGUGCAGUGUAGACCGACGCACUGCAUGCGAUGGCAGCAGGACGAGGAGCAGCCGCUGCCACCCCAAGGGCCACGGCGGCGAAGGCCCCGGCGAAAACGCUGCGCGGCUAUCAGUCUCGCAUAGCCAACAAGUGCUUGCACGACAACACGAUCGUCGUCCUGCCGACCGGAUCAGGGAAGACCCUCCUCGCGGCCGAGGCCAUCAAGCGACUGGGACCCCCCGCCCUCUUCCUUGUGCCGACACGCCUCAUGGUGGACCAGCAGGCCGAAGCCCUCGGCUCCUGGACCGGGCUCAGCGUGACCAAGUACAUGGGCGGGGCGGGACUGCCGCCGUCAACGUUCAAGAUAUUAGUGAGCACUCCCCAGGCCUUCAAGGCUGCACAACAGAACGGGAUCGGACAUUUGCAGUGGUCGGCGUUCAGGGUUGUGAUCUUCGACGAGGUGCACCACGUGCUGAAGGAUCACCCCUACCGCAAGCUCGCCCUGAGCCUUCGUCGAUCGUCGCUCACGCCACCACCACCUGCUUCUCCUGCUACUGGAUCAAGCUCGCACCCCCGCGUCGUGGGCCUGACCGCCUCCUACUCCUACGCCGUCGGCGACGCCAAGAUCGAAGCCUCUCUGACCAGGUUGUGCCACGAGCUCCGCAUCACCGCCACGGAAACGGCGACCCGACAAGAGCUGGAGGCGGGCGGGUACCAGGCCAUGGGCGCGGCGGCCGAGGUGUUGCUGGACCCCCGUCCCGAUUCCGCCGGCACCACCGACGACACGGCGCCGGCUGGCGUCGUCCCCGAGGCCGACCAGAAGCCGCACGAGAUGGGGACCACCUUCUUCCGUCGGGAGGCCAAGGGCACGAGCACCGCCUUCACCCGCCUGCUCAUGGCCUGCGUGCGCAGCAUGGAAGAAGCCACGGCUGCAGCGGCGGCGGCGCAGGCUGCUCCGCCCUCGUCGCAGCCGCACCAAACGCUGUUGUUCUCCUCGCCGAUGCCCCCCUCCGGGAAACUCGCUCCCAGAGAGUGGGGCGCCUACGCCCACAAGCUUGCGCUCAAAGCCGCCGCCGCCGCCGCCGCCGGCGGUGGCGGCGGGGCAAAGAUGCCCGAGACUGCUGCCGGUCGCGGCAUGGGUGGCGGGGGCGAUUUUACCGGGAACAGCGUCGCGAAGCGAUGCACCCGGUGUGGCAUCGACGCGAACGCCGGGCAACCGCGGCGGUCGUCGUCUCGGCCGACGCUUCACCUGCUGCUCGCCGAGCUGGAGCACUGGUACGAGGCCGUCAAGACCAUGGUCGUGUCCUGGGAAGAGAGGGAAGACGACGCGGCGACCAUUCUCGACAUGUUCGGCUGCACGGGGUCCCCGAGCCACCGAGCCGCGUCCGAGGCUGUCUGGCCGAGCGACGUGCGGCAAAAGAUCUCGGCCUUCUGGGAGGCAGUUCCCAGAACGUUCCGUCGGUACGAUAAACUUAAGAACGUUCUCCUGGACAAGUAUGACCACCACGGAGGAGACGGCAGCAGCAGCGGCGGCGGCGGCGGAAAGAAAUGCUUCCGCGGCAUAGUAUUCGUUGUCCAGCGCGUGACGACCCACGUGCUGGCCCACGUGAUCGCCGCCGACCCCCGCCUGGCGCCCCGCUUUUCCGCCGCCUGCCUGUACGCCUCCUCCUCCCCGGCGACGGCCUCCCUCUCCGUGACGAAGGCUCAGGCACAGGCCAGCAUCGAGGCCUUCCGGUCCGGCAGCGUGAACCUCCUCCUGGCCACCGUCGUCGCCGAGGAGGGCAUUGACAUCCCCAAGGCGAACUGCGUGGUCCGCUACGACGCCAUGAUGCACGGCGUGUCCAUGGUCCAGGGGCGGGGCCGCGCGAGGGAGGAGGACAGCAGCUUCGUCGUCCUCAGCGAGAGGCCCGACCGCACCACGGCCGACCUCGAGGCCGUCGAGCGCCAGCAGCAGCGGCUCGUUUGGGGCUUCAGGCCGCCCGCAGCCGGCAGCGCGGCCGCGGCCGCGAGCGACGCCGCCAUCAUGGCGGCCCAGAGGCUGCGCGAGCACGGGGCGCGCAAGGCGCUUCUCGGCAUCGCAGCGGCGCAAGGCGGGGGCGGGGGCGGGGCCCUGAGCGCGCUUAACUUCUUCGCCCAGAAGACGAAGGCCGCGCUCGAGGACGGGUGGAGCAAGGGGGCGGGCGGCCAAUGGGUGUGCACCCUGUCCUACGAGUCUCCGCUGCGCGAGCUCCGCGCCACCGGGACGGCCCCCGGGAAGAAGGCCGCCAAGAAGCUGGCGGCCGCGAAACUCCUCGCCGUCCUUCGCGAGGCGGUGGCGGCUUGAUUCGGGCGCACCGGUUGGCGGCUUGGUUUCGCCAAGAAUGUAUGAUUGGUCGUAUGAUUUGGUCUGGGUGCAAGCUGCCGUCUGGUACCUGUUGCUGGUUGUCCGUCGAUGAUGCGCGUACAACCAGCAACGGGUGGCAUCUGGUAGGUUGCUCCCAAACCAAACUAGACUAACCGAAGGCAUCAGUAGUACAACGAUGUGCUGCCGCUGCCCGGUAUACUGGGGCUACGGAAAGUUACACGGUAGAUAGAUGUGUUCGGGCUACGUACGGUUAUGUUUUUUGUUGCCUACGUGUCGACUCGCAGUAAUAGUGGUCGUAGGUGCAAGGGGGGUAGUAUUGGUUAAGGGCAGAAUUGUCCCGUUUCUUCCCACCAGAGGCCUUCGCGUGCUCGUGCCCAGACUCUGUGUGUGUUCGUGUUUUCGUCCUAUUUAUUGUGGCGACAGUCCCCCCAUUUUUCGUGGUGAGACGUGUAUUACACUCUUCAGUGUAUACUUCCUCUGUAUCAUAAGUUAGGGUACCUAAAUGCAAUAGAUUGUCUGGGUGCAACCGUGUUAGUGAUGGUAGCAUAGUCGGGUUUGUAAGAAAGAUAUAACAAAGAAGAAGCGAUGGAAAUUUUUUUUUAAAAAAACGAACAUAUAUUUCUGUAUCUACUAUUGGUCAAAAUGUACCCUAUUUUGGCCUGUUUUGGGAAUAUUUUUGAGAAAAUAUUUUUGGAUAUUUUUUGAGAAUUCUCGACAAAAUUCUCAAAUCCAUUUUACUACCCUACUCUAGCGAUGGAAUCGCCCCCCAGCACACCACCUCGCAAAAGGGGCACCGAAUUAUCGGUUGGUAGGCGCUAUGCCAUGGCGGUAGAAAUUGCGAUGGGCAUUCAGCCGGGGUUGUCAAGGAUUCCCAAGGGCGUGCUUGACCCGAUCUGCGAACGCUACGGUGUUGGAAAGAAGUACCCGUCCAAGUUGUGGAAACGGGUCAAAACCCAGAUCGACAACACCCAGGAGCUGGACCUUUCAAACGAAGCAAAGUGGGCGGCCGUCGCUUCUCACCCCUUCAAAGAUUGCGGCGGCAUCGAGUCCAAGUGAUCAUGAGGAAGAAUAGUCGACUUUCUCUUUUUUUUCCCCGCCACCAACCAACCCUUCUUUUUGUCCCGCAAGUGUCUUGAUUUUAGUGUGACCCCCCAAGUGUCUUGGUUUUAGUGUGUGACCCCCAAGUGUCUUGGUUUUAGUGAGGUUCACUACUAUACUGAUUUUAGUAUAGGGGGCGCGACAUGGAUCGUUGAGUAGAGGGGGGGGUUGGAUGAGGGCCCUACUGUUGCUUGCUUUGCCCCGUAGGUGUCUUGGUUUUAGUGUGGUCCCCCCAAGUGUCUUGUUUUCAGUGUGGGGGCCACUAUUAUGCUGUUUUUAGUAUGGGGGACGCGUCAUGGAUCGUUGAGUAGAGGGGGGGCUAGGUUUAGGGUCAGGGAUAAUUCUUGGUAUUUUUGCCGUGUUUUUGUCAUUGCCCCGCCCCCCCCGCCUGGUCGGAGGGGGCAGAAUACAUGCAAAAUGCGGCCUUUUUCAGGCCGACUGGUUUUUCUCGGGCGCUCAUGCACGCGGGGUGGCGCAUGCAUAUAAAAUAAAAUAAAUGUUUCUUGCUCAAAAAACUCCGAAGAUUUCAACAAAAAAAUCGAAAAACAGAUCGGACACGGUUAAGGGCCCGUACAAAUUUAGGUACCCUAACUUAUGAUACAGAGGAAGUAUGUUCGUACAACUACAACCAUCCAGGGUCACACAGCAGGGGGGGUAAACACCAGGGCUUUUUUCUUCUUUUUAUUUCAUUUCAUGCCCCACCUUCCUGCGGUGCGUGCUGAAUUGUAUUUUUUUCGCGGGAAGGGUCCAGCCGUCCCUUUCCCUGUCAACGGUUCUAACGUCGAAGUUUGGUACUCACGAGAACUUGUCAGCUAGAUUCUGCGAAAUUGCGGGUUACGAGGAUACCACUAGACCACCGGGGCGACUGGUCUCCGGAAGAUUGUUGGGAACCACGUAAUUGCUGCAAGGGUGCAUUCUUGAAAGAGAGGACGCCAUGAUUAUUGGCGCGUUGUUGACCAAAAAGUUGUAGGCAUAGGUACGUGAGGUCGCCUGACGCCGUCACGUUCUUUUGGGUGCGUGUGUACAGGCUAACCAGGAGGAAGGCAAGUACCAAGAAAUAGCUCACAUUAUAAGUUGAAUCCGCUGACUAACGGCGAAGGCAGGAGGGUGGUAGAAAUCGCGCCU